AGGGGCGAGUCGAGCUCCUCACCGCCGCUCUCAGUUUCCACACAGCCUGAACACAAGACUGCAGCAGCCAAAAACACCACCGGCCCAUCAUGGAUAAGGGGAUUUUGCAGAUUUGAAACCUUGGUUAUAAUAACCGCAAUUAAAGGUCUCGUCUUUACGUGCGGAUUCAGAUCCGUUCGCAAAGUUCAGACGCAUCUGAAGGAACUUUGGAGAGCUGGAGUUCAGAGGACUCGAUCGAGACUUUUCUGAACUGAAGCAGGAAUCGCUUUAAUUUCAUUUGCAUUCUCGUUUGUUUGAGUCUGUAGGUGAUGCUUUUCCUGGGAUCGUGUUUGCGCGAAGGGAAAUUAUCAGUCUUUGCCACUGCCGGGGUUUUACUUCUGACAAUGAAGAGCAAAUGAGAACAUUAUCACUUCACUUUUAUUGACAGCUCAACGACAGGAUGCGGGAGAGGGAGCUGCAGCGUGUGGGCAGGAGAUUGCUGCUGUUGGGCAUCUGUCUGCUGUCUCUCUGGGGUCAGUUCAGCCUGGCCUCGACACAUCGCAGCCAUAUUGUGCACGUCAAAGCGGGAACCUGUGAGGUCAUUGCUGCCCACCGCUGCUGUAACAAGAACAAAAUCGAGGAGCGCUCCCAAACUGUCAAGUGCUCCUGCUUCCCUGGGCAAGUGGCUGGAACAACAAGAGCUGCUCCAUCCUGUGUGGACGCAUCUAUAGUAGCGCAGAAGUGGUGGUGUCAGAUGCAGCCGUGUAUGGAGGGCGAGGAGUGUAAGGUGUUGCCGGAUCUAAAAGGCUGGAGCUGCAGCACAGGCAACAAAGUCAAGACGACCAAGGUCACACGAUAGUCUGGGACCAACAUACAUUUGGGACUAGCAGCAUUUUUUUUUUCUCUCCCCAUUUUUCGAUCAAAGCAAUGGAAAUGAAGAUACAUAGACUUCAAACUACUUCACAACUAUCCGGAUCAACUUGUUGGACCUUAACUGAAUACUAAUGUCACUUGGAAUAGACCAUUUAAACACAUGGAGUUUUUUUCUCUCUCUUUCCCCCGUCCUCUUCUACAGUAUUUUCACUCUGCCAGACUCCUGUCUUUGUUUUAUAAAAGUGUCGGACAAGAUCAUACGCCAUGUAAAGUAAAUAUUACAUUUAAAAAAUCAAGAUGUGGAGCAGUUCAGAGACAAUUCUGCCACUAUGGAUUAUGACGGAUUUCAUUUUUGAAGCGAAAGUGGACUCGAGAGGUUCACUUAUUACUUAAAUCAUAUGUUCCAGAGGCACUAAUAGUCCACUAUCCUUCAGUGCCAAUAUUUUCUUUCUUCUACUAUGAGCAGAAUUUUUGAUCAGUGUGAGGUGUAUGUUUUUUUGGCUAUGGUUUUAAAACGGGACUUGUGCAAAAGCAAAUCGCAAGUAUGAUGAUAAGAAUUACAGGUAUUAAACCUGAUAAAAUGUGUACGAGAGCUGUAAAAAAGAUGGCAAAAAAGAUUUAUUGUUUGUUUUUAAAAGCCUUGGUGGCCAAUAUUGAGUCAAAGUGUCAGUAUUAUCUCAAAUAAAACUCUAUCUCUAUGGGAAAUA